AUGUCAACGUUCGACUACGUGGAGAUUCCUCCAGACACAGUUCGUCUGCAAUCAUCUCCAGCAUCUAAUCCUGUCCGUCCGUUCACCAAAAUUAGCACAUCAUUGCCAUCAUGCUCGCCCAUUCCUGCGGCUGCGGCUGCGGGCAGCACCACCUUCAGCCCGACAAAGUCACUGUCUACCCUUCUCCUUAAUACACCUUUCCCAGCUUCUAUCCCCGCGUCCGCCUGCCCUCGCAAGUCUAGCACUGCGCUGCUGAGUACCAGAGACCCGCUCAGCAUUCCUAUUACUACUGUCAAUUUCAGGAGAUUCGUAGCUAGAGUAGGACCCGUCUUUUGGUUGCAGGAUCGAGUGGAGGAGGUCCUUAUGUGGAGAUGCGGCUGGAAGUAUACUGGCGUCUGGAUUGCUAGCUACGCGUUCUUGUGCUACUUCCCUCGCAUGGUGCUCCUUGUACCGCAUGCCAUACUAGCAGCUAUAAUGCUCUAUACAUAUCCUACCCCUUCACCAUCCGAGUUGAUAUCAACGAAGAAUUCACCGGCUCCGAUUGCACCACCUCCCUCAGAAGGGAGUGUUGACUGGCAAGCUAACCUUCAAGCAAUUCAAAAUCUUAUGGGGGCAUUCUCUGAUGGCUAUGACGUCCUCUCACCACUCGCUCCCCACCUCAUCCAUCGAUCCACUCAUACUUCGCUCGUCCUAACGCUUACCCUGCUCUCUUUCCUCUUUUUGCUGCCGGUCCUACCUCUAAUCCCGCUCCGCCUGCUAUUCUUUGUCCUAGGCGUAUCACCAUUUAUAUGGACUCACCCAGUUACACAAGCACGAAUCUUACCACUGCUCAGAGCUGCUGUAAAUGGCGGUAUCGUAAAGGGAGGUAACGCGAGUGCCACAUUGACGGGAGUAACGACUUCUAAAUACGCCGCUACGAAGAUAAAGCUCCGCCGCUGGAUUGACGACGAUAGGCUCGAUGACAAACACUGGGGCGCGGAGAUGCGGGAAGUGGAGCUGUGGGAGAACGAGAGAUGGACUCCGGGCCCUUCUUCAUCCUCCUCGUUCGUCACACAGGAUGAUCUUGACGCUGUGGGAUCGGGUUUUGAUGUUGGAGAUGGGUCCGGAAGCGCAUUGCCUGGUGCGGGAGCUGGGUCGUGGAGCAAGACAAAUUUAAGGCCUGCGGAUCGUGCACCAUGGACGAGGGCGAGGGACGGUUGGAGUGGAGUGGGUGGGGAAGUGAGCAGCAACCUCACUUUUUCGCUGGCACCAGGCUGGGCAUUCGUAGAGACGGAGGGGUGGAGAUCGGAUGCACUGGGGAGCUGGGUCUCUACCGUAUGUGUUUCUGUUUCUAAUUCUUGUUCUGCUUCUGGGAAUGGUGAUCCUGUCUCUGGGGCGGACGACAACGGCUGGGUGUACACGAAUGACGUAUGGGCAGAUCCGCGUCGUAUACCUCUGGAGGCUUGGAAAGCGUCGGGCAUGACAAGGAGGAGGAGAUGGGUGCGGAGAGUGUAUUUUGACCCGGCGCUAAUAGAGAGUGCGUGA